CUCCCAAUAAAUCAGUGAUACACAUCCCAAAAGAGUUAAAAAAUGUUUACCUCUGCCACUAAUUAUUGCAGGACCUAAAAGAAGACUGAUGCAUCAGUGUUGAUAAUGCAUUUUAAUACGUCAAUAAUCAUAGGGGCCAUUUUUGUGCCAAAGCACUUCUAAUAUCGAGACCCUAAAGUAGGCGUACGUUUAUAAUAAAUGGUAAAAGUGGUUAAAUGUCUCAACCAUGGAAAAAGAAACGGUUCUCCGUGCGGUUGUCCAGCCCCACCCUUUUAACGGUGAUAUAUCUCCCCCGCGUCAGGGUGCGUUUGCGGCCUAAUACGCUGAGAAUGAAUUGGUUAACAAUGAACAGACACACGAGCCUUUUAACCUUUCAGCUCAUAUCAAUCCGCGGGACAGCGAGCGUCAUCUCCAGGGUGCGUGCAGACCGCCGCCCGAGUAUUUUCUUAUGAUCUAAUUAACGCAACUGUCGCCAACACCUGCAGACGGUUAAAAUGAUCCAGUACCCACGCGCGGACGCACGCGUCUCUGCUUCAUUAAUGCGAAGGCACAUUUCCACUUAUUUACAAAGGCUCACUCCACUAAAUAUAACCCGCCUCGGGACGUCGGUCAGCGCGUCACAACAAGUAACUUUACCCCUUCCUUUUUUUCUCUUCUUUAUUGAGUUGGUUGACGGGUGUCCUGUUUUUUACCCGUUUGUUUUUGGGGGGGGGGGUUAGUAUAAAAUGAGGGACGGGCAGACCGGCUGGACACUCUUCAUCCGGACCAGACCCCGCAGAGGUGUCAUAAUGACUAUUUGGUGCACCGCCUGCCAGUGUGACGUCAGUGCUCCGUGCACGUCUCAUCUCGUGCCCGAGCAUCAGCGCAGCUCCUUCUGCAGGAGGUUCAGAUCCACCAAAGGAGCGUCCAAAGCCCGGCGGGACCACAUCAAUCAUGAGAUCAGGAAUAUGCGCGCUCUGUUGCCCACCACCCUGGAGGACCAGGAGCGUCUCUCCUACCUGCACUCCAUGGCCGCCAUCUGCGCCUACAUCAGGAAGUCUGUUGUCUUCCAGGGACUCCCGACUGGGGCGAGAUCACACUCUCCGCCGUACGAGGCCUUUCUUCAAGCCCUGCACGGCUUCAUCCUGGUCACCACGGCACAAGGGAGGCUGGUCUACGUGUCCGAGAAUGUAGACCAAUACCUCGGUCUGUCCAUGAUAGACGUGCUGCAAGGAGACACUUUCUACGACAUGGUGGAACGCUCGGACAUUGAUGUCGUGAAAACGCACCUGGAGAUUGAACACAACUCGCCAUCAGAGAGGAGCUUUAUAUGCCGUAUGCAAACCUCCAAGGCCUUCAAGCUGCGUCACGGCAGCUGCUGUUCCAUGAUGGUCAAAGGGAGCUUCAAGAGGUUCCCUCAGCCGUGGCAGCCCUCCUCUUCAGCCCGUCCCACCAGCCAGCCUCUCUUUGUGGCCCUCUGCACCCCCACGGUCGACCGGCUGCAGAGCUCCGACUCCCCCUCCUGUGACAGCUUCCACAGUGUCCACGGACUCGAUAUGACCUUCACUCAGCUGUCAGACAGCGCCUCCUGUUUUUUGGGGUAUUCGACUGAAGAAAUGGCCGGUCGAUCAUGGUACAGUCUUGUCCACCCUGAUGAUCUUUCCUUGAGUGCCGAUUCUCAUAGAAGUUUGAUGCGGGCAGAUGAGGGCUUCCAGGCAGAGAUGGUGCUCAGACUCCAAUGCAAGGAUCUGUCGUGGACCUGGAUCUACAUCCGAGCCUACAAGGAGUCUGACUGCCAGAGCAUCAGCUGCACCAACUUCAUCAUCAGUGAAACGGAGGCCCGAUUUCUCCAGAAGAAAAUCACCAGCGACGCCUUCAGGCCAUCGCCCACGCCGCAUUUUGCAAGUCAGGAGGUGCCUCACGCCGAGACCUAUGGCGACCCCAAGUGUUUUAAAAGACGGAGGACGUCCAGCGGGCAAAGCGAGGAGCCGGGCCACAAGGCCAGGAGGGCGAGCGAGCAGGACUUCUGCCAUGUGGCGAGCGCCUCCUCCCGAGGCGACGGCUCGCCCGCUCCCCCUGGAGACAGCGCUGCUCUCUUCACCCCUCCCUACAGCCCAGCCUCCUCCAGCUCCACUCUGCAGCAGGAGGAGCUCAGCCGUGACCUCCUGCUGGAUGUGCAUGGAUACAGCGAUCAGCUGCUGUCCUCCCCUGAGUGCUCUCCCUCCUAUUACUCGUACCCGGAGGCGGUGCUCACCUGUCACCGAUCACCCUCCGGCUCCCUGGCUCAAGCCGCUGAGCAGACAUUUGAGCAGGCUGCCUUCGGCGUGUUCGCCGCCCGCUCCCCAGCCUCCUCCUCCUCCUCCUCAUCGCCGGCCUAUGAUUUCCAAGCUUGCACGGCCGACGCUCGAUUAGUCCCUGACUGCCCGUCCGUGUCGGACUUGUGCGAUGGCGCGGCGGACUGCGCGCUGCAUCACGACGGCUUCAGCGUCCUCCAGCAGACGCAAGAGGGAGGCCUUGUCCAGGUGCACCAUGUCCCCUACCACGUCUUACCCGCACAUUCCGGUCUUCUCACCCCCGGCCAAUCGCCCAACUCCAGCGAGACGGCACAUUAUAACGAGAGGGAGCAGGCAGAGAUCAGCAUUCUGGCUCAGCAGAUCUCCUCCCUGGCAAGCAGCUUCGCCAUGUACCGCACGCACGACGCCCUCCCACCCGCAACCACCAACGCGCAGCCCUCGGGCCGCGAGUGGCCCUGUCAUCCUCCGAUCCCCUCGGCGCUGCCUCUUAAGGGCGAGCUGGACCUCGAUGACUGCGUGUUCGACAGCAUCCUUAAAGACCUUGACGUGGGCGCGAGGAAAGAUUGCUUUUCCCGCCCCGGCGUCGCUGCGUUCGGGGACCAGCAGGGUCUGCUGCGCUGCAGGAUCGGGUCUCACGAGUCGGAGCCGGAGCCGGAGCCCCUCUGCCUCUCCCCGACCACCACGGAGGACCCGCUGUCCGCGGAGCAGUUCAUCGCCAUGGGACCCUUCGGUUUGCAGUUGGGACGCCAUGACCGAAACACUGGGUUGCAUCAACUCAACCGCUAUAUGCAGAGUCCCCUUCAGCAAGAUGAACUUGCAGAAGAAAACCUGUACUGAAAUAAGUCUGUGACUUACUGUGCUGCCACUUGUAUGACAUAUUGUCAGGGCAACCUUCCUCUCGCUGGAUGCAAAGACCUUUAGAGGACAUCUUUGCAGUAGGACCUGCUCUUAAAAGACUUCGGCUUUGUCUUUAUGUCUCAACACUGCUGCCAACUGUGUUUUAAGUUUUUAUCUGUGUCUUAUAUUGUAUGAGGUACCUGUUUUACAUCACUUACGUACUGAAAUGGAGGUGGAUUUUUCUCCAAUACAGAGUGACCACAGUUUACUAUUGAGCACUUUAUCAAUGUCGUUGCCGUGAGGAUUUUAUAAACGAGAAGGAGGGCUGAUUUAAAAGGAAUAUUAACUGUUGUUAAUGUUUUAAAGCUACCCGCAUGAGCUUGAACGCAUAAAUCUUUCCUCGUGACAAAGAGCCAUUUCGAAAUGUUUGCUUUCCGGUGCCUUAAGAACACGAGGGGAAGAGACAAAUCAGUUUGCAAAAACAAUAUUCGUCUGUUUGUGAGUGGGCCAUUGAUGCUUUCUUGUGAAUAAAUGAAUCAUUAAGGAGAUGAUUGUUGGUUGAACACCUACCUCAUCGGUACAUUAAAUACAUUCCAAGUCUGAAAUAUAUUUAUUUUGAACAUGACACUUAAAUGUUUUCAUUUUACCGCAUUGUGAAUCUUUCUUUCAUCUUUAAUGUAAUGGUACUGCACAUGUCUUAAUGUCCAAUGUUAUACCUGAUGUUUUUAAUGUGAAUAAAUUGACUGAAAAAUC